UACCGGCGGCGGCCGCCGGGGGCGCUCGGGGGGCCGCGGGCUCGGCCAUGGCGGCGGUGCUGCGGGCGCUCGGUCCUGCCGUGCGGCAGGCGGCGGGCGGGGCGCCGAUCCGGUGGCACCGGCUGACGCCGGCGGAUGACGAGCUGUACCAGCGCACCCGGGUGACGGUGCUGGAGCCGGAGUCGCCCAGCGCCGCGUUCAUCGAGGGCUACAGCGGCCGCGGCUUCACCAUCAGCGGCGACGUGGUGGUGGGACCGUGCGCCAUCCUGCCCCGCGCCAUCCUCCAGUGGAACGUCGGCUCCUACCGGGACAUCUCUCACGAGAGCCUCUCGCUGUUCCGCCUGCUUGAGCCCCAGAUCGAGAUCCUGGUGCUGGGCACAGGAGACAGGGUGGAGCGACUCCACCCCACCAUCCUGAAGCAGAUGCGGGAGUGCGGGAUCGCUGUGGAGGUGCAGGACACGCCAAAUGCCUGCGCGACCUUCAACUUCCUUACGAGUGAAAAGCGUUUGGCAGCUGCUGGGCUCAUCCCUCCGCAAGGCACCUACGUGGGGAUGUAGGGCUGAGCAGCUCUUCCCUUGCCUGCCUGAAGCCCCCAGGCGUCACCACUCCUGGUGGAGAAACGCUUCAGACUAAACUGGGUGGUGGCUCUGCGCACAGGAGAGUGUUGUGAAAUGCAAGGGCUCAGCUCUGCCUCGAAGUCCCUGGCUUCUCAGCGUCCUUGCCCGAUCCGGGCUGGGGGCUGUGAAGCAGCACACGAGGCAUGAGCACUGCCAGCAGCAUCGCACCCACAGCCCUGCGGUUCUGCCUGGGUGGUGCCCAGUGCCUUGGCAGCAAGAACCCAUCACCUUGAGGCAGGGUGGAAGCUGGUGGGGUGAGCUCUACGCCUCCAGGCACGUUUGGGGCUCUGCAAGGAAAAUACUCCUAAAUUGGAAGUACAAAGCAGUUGCGUGGUGGUUAAUGGUUCUAACUGGGUGCUCAGGAGCUGGCCAGGCGGUGGGGCUGUGGCCGCAGCAGCUCCUGGGCAGCGUGUGUGGUGCCAGGGGUGCCGCCUGCCACAGACAGCAUGCACGUCCCCACUGGCGCUGGCCUGACCUGGGCUCUCCUGUGGGGUUUGGUACGGCCUCGCAGCACCUGUGUCCCUUGCAAAGCCUCAAGCUGCAGUCGGUCCCUGGAGCUGCACCCCAUCUCUCUGCAGGCUUGGCUCAAGCAUGGGACACAGAGAGCGCUACCGUCCUGUCCCCGCUUUGCACUCGCUCGUGGUUGUGGGUGCUACCCCUUGCAGCCUCGUGCCCCAAACGCUGCCACCUCUGAGUGCCUGAGGAGCAAGGAGAUGGGGCUGCCAUCUCCCACCCUGGGUCAGGCACAGGAUAGCUUUGCUUAACGAGUCAGCUAUGUUAAUGUUAGACACUGACGCAAGGAUGCUGUAACUCAAGGCUCUGGUUUUAGCCUGUGGAAAUCUAGUUUGACAUCACCGUACUGCGGUGUGAGGGAGUUUUGUGUUUUUUUUCUUUCAGUCAGCAUCAGCAACACAAAACACUGAUGUAAACAUGCACUUUUUGCAGGAGCAACGUUUGCACGUGUUGAGGGACGCAUGACUACUACAGGUGUCACCUGGUGUAGGCACAGGUAAUGUGGCCGAGCCAGAGAGGGCUGCACCAGCAAGUGCCAGCUCCUUUAUGAGCCUGUGCCCUUCCAUGUUCACUGACCACAGGGCUUUUGGCAAAGAAACUGCAUGAUACCCAGGUGGGUGAGCUGUGACACCCCAGGGACUGCAGCUGCUGGGGAUGUGGGCACAGCACAGGAUGGUGAGGGGACGAAACGAAAGGAAGGAGAGUGAGGAUAAAGCGUGGCUGAUGUGUGUAAGCAGCCGCAGCACAGAGCAGUUCCGGGGGGUGUGGGGGCAGGCGCACACGUGCAAGCACCUCCGUGCUUCUCCCUGCAGCCAGAGCAUCCUGCCGCAGCCUGGCUGCUGGGGGGGUUGGCAGCUCCCAGCAGUUGCUAGUGGCCUGUGAAAGCCUCUUGCUUUCUUGCCCAACAGCCACUUGCUUUCUGCCCUCAGGAAGGGUUUUCUUUUCAAACACUCUGCAUGGC